AUGACAGAGGAAGAUGUACCUGAAACUAUUGAAGUGAACUCUGAUGCUGGUGCAAUAGAUUCUUCUCAAGAGCCAUUCUCAAGAUCCAAUCACUCUGUGAAUACUUCUGCUGCUGAUAUGGCUAGGAGUGUUCGGGCAUGGACAACGUGGUCUCAAGUACACAAAAUUCGACCAUUCGACGAACAGGCUUAUUGGGAAAAUGAAGAGUUUGAUGAUUUCAUGAAGAACUGCAAAUAUCCCAACGUUCUCAAGUGUGAAAGGGAAAAUAUUGUAGAACUGCUGCAAUACAUGGGCGACGUAAGCGAGAGCGCAGUUGAGGACAUCCGAUCUUGGAUUGAGAACAUUUGUUCGGAGAAACUCGAAGACAUCGAUCGAUACAACUUCAGAGGAUGGUUCCCCCAUAUAUGUGCUUCGUGGAAGUCAUUUAUCAAUGCGAAGGGGAGAGAGAAAAACAAAUCCAGUUGCAGAAAGGGUGUAGACAACAUUAUUGAAGUUGCCUUCGAGCUGCGCCCUAAUUCUGACCACGUUUGGCAAUCUGAAAUGGAACUUGUAUUACCUGACAAACCUAACAAGGCUGUGGCUAACACUAUUACGAGCAAGGAUCUUCCAGAACGUUGGCAAAGCAUAGUCCAUGGAGUACCAAAUAAUUUCACGCUCAGAUGGAGCUACUCGACCAGCAUCCCGCUUUCCAUCAUUACUUCCGCCUUUGAAGCAAAGGCAAACAAUUUGGACACAGCAAUUCGCCAGAUCACUAUGGACUUUUAUUCUGCACAGCUUCAUCGACGCGCCCUGUGCUGUAAUAAGGAUGGUCCUGUAUUCGGAACUAUCUUAAAUCAGGAAAGCCUUACCUUCUAUGUAUCUUACUGGGAUGGCGAUGAGCUGCCAAUCUUACAACGACCCUACUCUCUCACUUUUCUCCCAGACCUUCUUGAGAGCUAUUUCAUUCUGUGCAGGAUUUCGGAAUUCCAAUCUCAAUGGCUGGAGAAUGAGUUCAGGCAAUGGGACAGUGACAUCAUUGCACAAAGGUCAAAGUUGUUCAAUGCUGUAGCAAAAAGACCUUGGCGUGGCGAGAAGCGAUCUGACAAAGGCCCGACAUCGGGUGCACCGCAAGCAGGUGGUACUGGGUCAGCAGGACAAUCUGACAUGAUGCUCGACAAGGGAAGUGUAGACAGUUUCGAUUUUUCCGAAGGAGGACAUCCGUUGACCGUGGAUGACAUCAGCGCCUGCAGCACAAGUAUAGCUCCCCAGAAACACAAACAAUCAGCGUUUCUUUACAGGUGGCUUAGGGAGGCACAGUCAUUUAUUGGUCAUUACAAGAAUCCGAACACUGAUCUAUGGGACAAUGUCUCGGAUGACGAAGCCUACUACGAAAAUGACAACAUCAUUGUUGUGGACUGCGAUGAACCAGUAGGCGAUGGACUGCAAAUACACGGCGAGGACACCCACCCGUCCGACCACCUUGCUAUGAAGGGACUGGAUCAGGCAACUGUUCUGUUCAGUAAGCCUUUUGAUAAUGCAUCUUCAGAGAGUCGUAUCAGGCAUACGGUGUGCAAAGUUAUUGCCCCCACAGAGUUGUAUCUGUUCCCCCAUCCCUCCCUUUCUAGUGUGAAGUCAUAA